UUAGGGUUUAUCCAAGGCUGUGUAGGGUUUUGCGAGGAGCGGCGAGGAGGGAUUCUGGCGCUUAUGCGGCGUUCGCCGACUCCAUGGCGGUAAAUCUCUCUGAGGCCUUUCUCUAUACUCUAGCGCCGGAUCCAGAGCCAAGAAAGAAGGCGGAGCUCUAUCUCGCCAACGCCUCGGCCCAGCCCGGCUAUGGCGUCGCUGUUCUCCAGCUUCUUGGCGAGGCGGCGGUGGACGAUCAGGUGCGGCAAGCGGCGGCCGUGCAUUUCAAGAACCAUGUCAAGUUCCGAUGGAAUCCCGGCGAGUUGGAGGCGAAUUUGCGGAUCCAGGACAGCGAGAAGGAGCAGAUCAAGGGGUACGUGGUCAGGCUGAUGCUCAGCUCGUCGCCCAAGAUCCAGAGCCAGCUGAGCGAAGCUCUCGCGAUCAUCAGCAGCCAUGAUUUCCCGAGCAACUGGAAGGGGCUCCUCCCGGAGCUUGUUGGGAGUUUGUCAACUUCGACAAGCUACGCUACCAUCAACGGGAUCUUGCAAGCUCUCAACUCCAUCUUCAAGAAGUUUAGAUAUGGAUACAAGAGCGUGGAGCUCUACACCGAUCUCAAGUACUGCCUGGAUGGUUUUGCCGCGCCGCUGCUGGAGAUUUUCACCAAGACCGGGGAACAGAUCAAGGCUACGCAGGAUCCUGCGACGCUCCGGCCGCUGUUCGAGUGCCAGAGGCUGUGCUGCCGGAUCUUCUACUCGCUCAACUCGCAGGAGCUCCCGGAGUUUUUCGAGAACCACAUGAGAGAGUGGAUGGACCAGUUUCAGUACUAUCUCAUGUACUCCAACCCGGCUCUGGCGGAGAGGGAUGCCGAGAAGGAGAGCGUCGUGGAUCAGCUCAAGACUGCCGUUUGCGAGAACAUAAACCUUUACAUGGAGAAGAACGAGGAGGAGUUUAGAGACUAUCUCCAGAGAUUUGCGACGGAUGUCUGGAACCUGUUGAUGUCUACGUCGCUGCAGCCAGCGCACGACCGACUGGCAAUGUCGGCUAUGAAGUUCUUGACGACGGUCAGUAAGAGCGUGCAUCAUGCGCUCUUUAGCGGUGCGGACACCCUGAGACAGAUUUGCGAAAGUAUCGCCAUCCCAAACGUUAGAAUUAGAGCGGAAGAUGAGGAGCUUUUCGAAUUGAAUCCUCUGGAGUACAUAAGAAGAGACAUCGAGGGAAGUGACACGGAUACCAGAAGGCGUAUAGCUUGCGAGCUUGUGAAGGGGCUUAUGCUGCGGUACAGGGACCAAGUUACUGGUUUGGUUUCCGGCUACUUAGGACAGCUAGGUGCGAGUUACUCUGCAAAUCCGACAGGGAACUGGAAAGACAAGGAUACGGCCAUCUACUUGAUCGUCGCCUUGGCACAGAAGCAGCCUUUGACUGGAGCUGUGACAACCGAUCUUGUCAACGUAGAGCAGUUCCUUGCGUCGCAAAUCAACCCCGAGCUUCGAGGCUCAACCGAUAUCCUCGUGGCUGAUGCGCUCAAGUUCAUCACGACCUUCAGGAGCGCCGUGCCGAAACCGGUAGUCUUGGAACUGAUGCCGCAGAUCAUCCAGCUCUUGAUCAGCUCAACCAACGUGGUGCACUCGUAUGCUGCUGGGUGUGUGGAAAAGCUGCUACUGGUCAGAGACGGAGGAGUGCCACGCUAUUCUUCGGCAGACCUCGCUCCUUUUCAGAGCCAGCUCCUGGCCAACGCGCUCAGUGCCUUGCAAUUCCCAGACUCUCAGGAGAAUCCCUACGUGAUGAAGUGCAUCAUGAGAGUUCUCUCCGUGGCGGAGGUUGGCCCGAUGUCCGUGAAAUACUUGGACGACCUCGUGGGGAUUCUCGGCAAGGUAUGCAGGAACCCGACCAAUCCGACGUUCAACCAUUACAUCUUUGAGUCGGUGUCCGUGCUCGUGAGGAAGGCUUGUGAACGGGACCAAGAAGUGGUGAUGGCCUUCGAAGGGAAGCUGUUUCCGGUGUUUCAGUUCAUCCUCCAGAACGACGUUGCCGAGUUCCAGCCGUACGCGUUUCAGAUACUUGCACAGCUGAUCGAGUCGAGGGGCCAGCCUAUUCCCAGGGAGUACCUGGUGAUUUUUCCGGUGCUGAUCGACCAGAGAUUCUGGCAGAAGUCGGCCAACGUUCCUGCCAUCAUCCGGCUUCUCCAGGCCUUCCUGCUCAAAGCACCUCGGGAGAUAGCACAGGGAAACCAACUGCAGGAGGUCUACAACGUUUUCAGUAGGCUGGUGUCCCGGAAGAGCACGGAGGACUACGCAUUUUACAUCGCCAACGCGAUGGUGGAGAGCCUCAGCCAGGACUUGCUCAUGCCGAUCGUCCCGCAUCUAUGGACGGCCUUCUUCUCCCGGCUCAUGGGAGAGCACCGCACCGUCAAGUUCCUCAAGCUGCUGGUGCUCUUCAUGUCGCUCUUCACGGUGAAGCACGGCCAAGCGGUGCUGGUCGACUCGGUGAACAAAGUGAGCCCGACGCAGCCGCGGCUCUUCAUGGACGUGCUGCAGCAGUUUUGGAUCCCGACGCUGAGUUCCAUCUCUGGAAGCAUCGAGACGAAGCUGUGCGCCGUGGCAUCGACGAGGCUUUUGUGCGAGUCGGCUCUACUGCUCGCGGAGGAUCAGCUCUGGGGGAAGCUCCUCAACAACGUGGUGGUGUUGCUGGUGAGGCCAGAGGAGGAAAGAGUGGCGGAAGAAACCGAUGUUCCGGAGCUGGACCAGGUGACCGGGUAUGGUGGAGUCUACGCGCAGCUCCACCACGCUGGGAAGAAGGACGAUGAUCCUCUCAAGGAGAUCAAGGACGCCAAGGAGUACCUUUGCCACUCGCUCAACAGGCUCUCGAUGCAGUACCCGGGCAAAUUCCCGGGAGUGAUCCAGCAGCAUCUCGACGCAGGCAACCAGGAAGCGCUACGCCAGAUGUGUAACGCGUACCGGACUACAAUCGUCUAGAACUCGAAACGAGGUAGCGAGUUGUUGCUAGUGGAAUUGCCAGCUACAAUCGUCUAGAACUCCAGGUACUCGAAGAUCUUAGCGUUCUCGUCAUCGUUUUGUCUCUCGCAGGUAUCGGUUCUUCGAAUUGUUGCUUGAGUGGGGAUUGUUCUUCGAGCUUCUUGGCGUUUGGAUCGGAGUGAGUCGUCUGUUUCCAUCGAUCGAGUCGAGCUUCCUGUGAUUUGGAUCGAGCUUCUUGUCAUUUUGAUCGGAUGAGUUUGUUUGGAAUGAAUGGAAAGAAAGACCAAAUUUUAAAUCG